UCGUGUUAAGCAAGAUGAAGUGGUUGAACAGUUUCUUUUCAAUGGCCCUUUUGGUUAUCUUCCACCAUGGACAAUAUUGUUGCCAGGCUGAUCAAUCUUCUCCAACUCAUCACUGUGUUUUUGCUAGAACAAAUGGAACCCAUUUUGUAGUGAACAAUAAGCCUCUAUACUUAAAUGGUUUCAAUGCAUUUUGGAUGAUGUACAUGUCAUCUGAUCCAUCUACGAGGAGCAAAGUCACAUCUGCAUUCCAGCAAGCCUCCAAGUAUGGCAUGAAUAUUGCUAGAACUUGGGCUUUCAGCGAUGGUGGAAAUGAUAAGCCCCUCCAGAUUUCUCCAGGUAUCUACAACGAGGACAUGUUCAAGGGAUUGGACUUCGUGGUAUCAGAAGCUAGGAAAUAUGGGAUUUAUCUGAUACUGAGCUUGGUGAAUAACUUCAAAGAUUAUGGCGGUAGAUCACAAUAUGUUGAGUGGGCAAGGGAACGUGAUCAGCAGUUAAGUGAUUACGACGAGUUCUAUACAAACUCUGUUGUCAAAGAAUACUACCAGAACCAUGUCACGGCAGUGCUCACGAGGAUCAACUCGAUAACAGGAGUUGCAUAUAAAGACGAUCCCACUAUCUUUGCAUGGGAACUGAUAAACGAACCCCGUUCAAAUGACACUUCUGGAAAGCUAAUCCAGGACUGGGUCAAUGAAAUGGCAGCACACGUUAAAUCCAUUGAUAAUUACCAUCUUCUUGAAAUAGGGCUAGAAGGGUUUUACGGUGACUCGAAGAAGGAAUCAAAUCCUGGCAGCUACCUUGUUGGCACUGACUUUAUCUCCAACAACCAAAUCCCGCACAUAGAUUUUGCCACCAUUCAUCUCUACCCUGAGCAAUGGUUGCAAAACUCAAGCGAAGACGAGCAAGCUUCGUUCGUGGAUAGAUGGAUCCAAGCCCAUGUCCAAGACUCCAGUUCAGUGCUUAGAAAACCACUCGUUAUAGGAGAGUUUGGCAAGUCUUCAAAGCUUCCUGGAAAUAGCCUGCAGAAAAGGGACACUUAUUUUGUGAAAAUCUACAGCGAUAUAUACAAUAGUGUCAUAAGAGGAGGCCCAUUUACUGGUGGGCUCUUCUGGCAACUCCUGGCCCAAGGAAUGGAGAGCUGGGGUGACGGCUACGAGGUUGUCUUGGAGGAGUCUCCCUCAACUGCUAAUAUUAUUGAUCUACAGUCUCGCAAGUUAAAAUCUCUCACAUAAAUCUAUUGCUUUUGGGACUGGAAUUUACAAUAUUUUUGUCCAUAGUGCACUGUAUAAUAAAUUCACUACAUCAAUUAGUUUUAUU